UCAGCGGGGUUCGCGUUGUAUUAAUUUGUUCCGCUGCGGCUUCCGUAGUUAGCUACACACUGAGAGCGGUUACAUUGAGCAUCUCGUCAAGUUUAGCCUACAGUGAAUGAACGUUGCGGUCGGAAUGGCGAAUGACAGGCUGAGAGCGUUAGAAGAUGUGGAGAAGGAGAUUGCUUCAGUGCUGCAGAGCGCAGGAACGAUCGUUCUGGAGCUUUCUAAAGAGAAGGCCAAUGCCAGUUUAUUAGACCGACAGCUGAACCAGUUCCAGACCUCCAUCAACAGAGUGGAGAGUGAACUGAGUGCACAGAUCCGAUAUCUGACACAGGUGGCAACAGGUCAGCCUCAUGAGGGAUCGACAUACUCGGCCAGAAAGGACUGUCAGAUGGCCCUAAACCGGUCCGAGUAUGCCCGGGUCAAACUGGGAGAGCUGGGACGCACCUGUGAGAUAAUGCUUGAGCCUCAGACGUAAAGAUAUAUUAAAUGAACUGUUGCUUUCUAAUAUCUAUCAGCUGACUUCAUAAGUAUGCACAUGCAUCAAAACAUUUUUGAAUACCGUCGUCAAGCCAACAACACUUUUUAUUCUUCAUAUUCUAAGGAAAAUUUCUAUGACAAAACCAUUGCUUACAAUAUCACCAAAGCUUUUGUCUUAUUGAGAGUUGUUACAUGUUUUCUAAUUUUCUGUAAUCACUUUUUUUUUUAUUAAUAGUUAUGACUUAAGAACAAUAAAAUAUUUUUUCACUAGUAUUUUA